UCCCGCAAAACCCUUGUACAUUCAAAACCCAGAAACCCUCGUUGGUAACAGUCGGAGAGCAGAGAGAGAGCGAGAGAUGUCAGGAUUCUCAUUCGGAUCAUCGGCAUCUGCCUUUGGAUCCUCUCAGUCCUCGUCGUCAUCUCCCUUUGCACCCGGAUCCACUGCAUCUACUUUUGGAACCUCGACCGGAUUCUCAUUAGAAUCAUCCGCAGUAAACCCUAGCUCCGCCUCAUCUUCCGCAUCCUCCUCUUUCCCCUUCUCUUUGAACACCGCCUCCUCUUUGUCUUCUUCACCUUUCUCUUCAAUAACCAACCCUAGUUCUGCUUCGUCUGCGGCUCCCUCGUUCGGAUUCGGACAACCUGGCGCCUCCUCUUCGUCAUCGUCGUCAUUUUCCGCUUCUCCUUUCUCAUUUGGUACUGCCGCAGGUACCGGAGCUAGCCCCGGUCCAUCUCUGUUUGGGGCGUCCUUCACCGCUGCAUCUGGCUCUGCUCCAUCCAUCUUUGGGGCAGCUUCUUCGGCUUCAACUUCGAGUUCGCCCCUUUUUGGAGUGGCUGCGAGUUCCGGAUCUUCAUUGUUUGGGGCUACUACACCUGCUUCAGGACCGGCUUCCAGUUCUUCAUUGUUUGGGGUGAGUUCUGCAGCUGCUAGUUCGGGUUCGCCCCUCUUUGGGAGUUCUGCUCCGGCCUUAUUUGGGGCAAGUACAUCAACUGCAAGUUCCGCUCCCUCGUUUGGAGCGUCUUCCCCAGCGGCAAGUUCUGCGCCAGCAAUUGGGACUCCUUCAUUGGCGGCAAGCUCAGGCUCAAGCUUUUUUGGUACACCUUCAGCCGCUGCAAGCUCUGGCUCAACCUUAUUUGGUGCACCUUCAUCCUCGGCAAGCUCUGGUUCAACCUUAUUUGGUGCACCUUCAUCCUCGGCAAGCUCUGGUUCAACCUUGUUUGGUGCACCUUCAUCCGCUGCAAGCUCUGGUUCAACCUUGUUUGGUGCGCCUUCGUCCGCGGCAAGCUCUGGUUCAACCUUGUUUGGUGCACCUUCGUCCGCGGCAAGCUCUGGUUCAACCUUGUUUGGUGCACCUUCGUCCGCAGCAAGCUCUGGUUCAGCAUUGUUUGGUACACCUUCGUCGGCAGCAAGUUCUGGUUCAGCUUUGUUUGGUAGACCUUCAUCUGCGGCAAGCUCUGGUUCAUCUAUCUUUGGGACUUCUUCAACCACGGCAACUUCCACACUAUCCCUGUUUGGGGCAUCAAGCGCUCCAAGCUCUUCUACUGCCUCUGCUAUCCCAGCAUUUGGCGCUUCAUCUUCAACAAUAGCAUCUCCUUCAUUUCAAAACAUUGCCUCUUCAAGUUCAUCUUUAAAUACAAGCUCUGCUCUGCCUAUCUCUGCAGCUGCCUCUGGAUUUUCUUUUGCUAAGAGUACUCCAAGUUCUAUAUCAACAGCUGUGUCAGCAGCUGCUCCUUCUCUGACAUCAUCUUCUUCCAGCAGUUCAGGCUUCUCGUUUGGAACACCAGCUUCCUCAUCUACUCAAUCCUUCUCUGGAUUCGGCAAUGCCGGUUCAAGCACGGCAGCUGCAAAACCAGAUGCUCUUUCUUUUGGAACUUCAUCUGCUUCACUUUUUUCUGCGGUCACAACCACUGUUGCUUUAACUCCUGCUGCUAGUAGCACAACUCUUACUUCCUCUGCUGCAACUUCAGGGCUGGCACUACCUGCAUUUGGUGUGAGUUCUUCUUCUUCUGCUACCACUGCUUCAUCUGUUGCUGCUCCUGCAAGUGCUGCUGCAGCAUCUGGAUCUUUCACAGGUUUUCAGCUGUCGACAAAAACAUCUUCUGCGGCCUUGUCCUCUCAGGCACAGUUAACAUCUGCUUCCCCUGUGUUUGCAGCGACAACUUCCACUUUCGGUACUACUGCAGCUCAGACAUCAUCAUCUCUUGUAGUUGCUUCCAGCAGCGGGACAAGUGCAAGUGUCGGUGCCGUGGCAUCUACUGCACCAAAAUUACCAUCUGAGAUUACUGGAAAGACUGUUGAGGAGAUCAUCAAGGAAUGGAAUGCUGAGCUACAAGAGCGUACUGGGAAAUUUAGGAAGCAGGCUGCUGCAAUAGCUGAAUGGGACAAGAGGAUUUUACAGAAUCGUGAUGUUCUUCUAAGGCUUGAGAUUGAAGUGGCAAAAGUUGUAGAGACCCAAGCUAACUUGGAGAGGCAGUUGGAACUAAUUGAGACUCAUCAGCAAGAGGUUGACAAGGCCUUGCAAAGCAUGGAAGAAGAAGCAGAACAUAUCUUUAAGGAUGAGCAAGGAUUGCUUCUUGACGACGAAGCUGCUUCUACCAGAGAUGCGAUGUAUGAGCAGGCUGAGUUUAUAGAGAGGGACUUGGAAAAUAUGACUGAACAGAUCAAAUCCAUUAUCGAGACCCUAAAUGCUAACCAAGGUGGAGAAUUUGAUACAAUUGAUGGGUUGACUCCAUUGGAUGUGGUUGUACGAAUUUUAAACAAUCAACUAAGUUCUUUAAUGUGGAUCGAUGAGAAGGCCGAAGAAUUCUCUGCACGAAUUCAAAAGCUUGCUUCCCAAGGUUUGGCUGCAAAUCGUGAAUUGAUGAGCCAGAAAUUUUGGUUAUCUUGAUUUUUUUUAAAAUUCAGUUUCCGAGCGGGUUGGGAUCAGUAUAUGCAAGUGAAUAAGUUCUUGGACUUUUUUCUUUCGACAAAAAAAUUUGAUAAGUAGACAUACGUUGUUAAAGGGUAACCGUGUUGCAUCAUUUUCACUCUUCAGAGCUUUUUUUGUAGAAUAACUUGCAAAGUUGCAAUGGUUUUAUUCUUGCAGCCCAGUAAAUUUUACUGUUAAAAGUUCUCUUUAAG